AUUGACGUGGCAAGAGGAAACAAUCAAGAGAGGUUUUGUUUUAAGGCUCAACAAGACAAGGUAAUUAAUUUUGAAUAUUUGUUUUCAUUAUUCAGGAGGCAUGGAUAGAAGGCUCUGCUUUGUUCUUCUUCUUGUACUAGCUGCUAUUAGCAGCUGCUGCUGUAGCGCCAAAGAUUUAGCAGCUACUGACCUUAAGAGAGAUGUCUCAGAGGAACAAGUUCAAGUCAGCGGAAAUGAAGAUCAGUGCUCAUUGUGUAAACAAAUUGCAUCUAACGUUAUCACGUACUUUUCAGAGAAUCGUCAGACCCUUUACAAUCUCUGCAAUGCGAUUCUUGACUGGCUUCCACGGUGCAGUAAAAUUGUGGAAGAGAUCUCCUCCUCAGACCCUGAAACUUUGUGCAAAUCGCUCCAGCUCUGCGAAGGAGUUGUUUCCAUUUCUCAAUAUGCAUCCAAUAGUAGCUGUGAUUUAUGUCAUCGUGCUGUUAUGGAGGCCAUACAGAAAUUGAAAAAUCCAGACUCACAGGUUGAAGUACUUCAGCUGUUCCUGAAGGCUUGUGAUUCUGCUAAAAAUUUUUCAACAAAGUGCAAGAAACUGCUUUUCGAAUAUGCCCCUUCGAUUCUGAUGAACUCCGAGCAAUUACCAGUAACAAAUGACAUCUGCACUUUGCUGCAUGUUUGCGACUCGUCAACUCUUGGAAUUGAGCAUUCUGCAUCUUAAGGAAGUAAACCAGUGGAAAUUAAACCUUGUUCACAUGUUGUAAACUGUGGUCUGCUUUCUUUUACAACCUUGUUCACAUGUUGUAGACUGUGGUUUGCUUUCUUUUACAAUCUUGUUCACAUGUUGUAGACUGUGGUUUGCUUUCUUUUAGAGGGUAGCACCCUCACUAGAUAGUACCCCAAGCAUAGUUUAUAUAAUACAAAACGUAUUAAUUGGCGUGUUUUUACAACACAAAACCUUAUUAAUUGGCGUGAUCUAUGUUUCCUCU